UCCGACAAGCGGUCAGCUUCGACAACGUCAAACAUCCCUCCGUCCCAUGGGCUAGUCCAUUUCGCUUCGUUCCUUAUCGUCUUGAACUCUCGUCGGAUAGGACUAGCGUCCCUCUUUAUAUCGAGACUAGGAGACGGGGAUACCCGAUACACAGAAAGAUUGCCAAUUCCUGGAGCAGCUGACAACCAGACCUCCCCCGCGACACACACGUCCAUGCUACUUACGGAUGGUGUGAGAAAACGGCUUGUCAGCUGGAGUGAACGGGCGACUAUGAAGACUGCUUCCGGUGCACCGGGGCUACCCCCUCCCCGCAAACUAUAACGAGACCAGAUACACCAACAUGCAGUGGCGCAACAGGUGGCUCUAGUAGUGGAAGACAGCGUCGAGAUGACUGCCAACGCCCAGCUAAAAGUCUAUGCCAAAGUGCGACGUCGGAUGUUGCCAUACGCCCAUGCGGUGUAUCCCUCAAUUGGAAUUCACUGCUCAUGCCCUUAUCGCCACUCGGGUCAAGGACGGAGUAAAAAAUGGUACAUGGUCGGACAGAACAAGGAAGUGGUUCAAGUUAAGUGGCGUGUUGCUUUUAUCGCAUAUCGCGGCCACCACUUCAUGCAUAUCCAGCUCCGCGAUUCUGCUGCACGGAAAGGUGGCCUGGCGAUACCCCCGUCAGAUUCUCAACAGCUGUAUGAUGGGCAAUCUGGAGCCACCAAUGUGCUUCAAGACAUAUGGAUCCUCACAGCUGACAGGAAUCAAGAACGUGAUAAGAACUGUGUCGUCAUCCCCAUGAUCAGAUCCAACCAGUGGCAGAUUGGAGUCUAUCUGGAGACUUGCUCAAGGCUGGCGACCGUAGACUCGAUUAAACUUUUAUUCUUGGUGCUCAUGGAUGAGCGGGCUGGAUAUCGACGUCGCCUGUCAGGGGCGGAUGACACGCACCCGGCAUUCUGCAGCGCAAUUUCUGGUAUUCGUAGUCCUGCAAAGCGACGUAAAUAUAAUAGACCAAGGCUUAGCAUCAGUGAACCGCCAUUCGAGGAAACCGAAAAACCCCCAGGGUCAGAGGAGAUCUGAAGGGCUGCCCAUCUUGUAAACAGCGGGCACCAUAUCUUAGGAUGAUAUGCAUCACAUACUUUAGGACCAAUUUAGGACAUACAGAUUUUAUUACAAUUUCUAACUGUACGACUCCAACAGAUACAACUACAACGUCACGGAGAGGGGUUUCACAGGAAGUCUAAUCUGGGUUAUUCAGUGCAUGCAGGACAGAGAUGAUAGGAAAUUUACUUGAAUCAUUCAUAGACAUAUGAUUCAUGGGCGAUUCAAGGAGAUUUUACUCUGGAAAUACCAGAGAUACCCCCUGUUUCCUCCGUUGCCCAUGUAACAGAGAAAGCGUAGAUUCUAAAUCACACAUUAAUUACUGAAGCAUUUCCCGC